AACUGGUCAGUGAAGUCAGGGUUCAUGCUAGAAAGGAGCUCUGAUGGAGAAGGCAUAGGAGAAGGCAUAGUAAGCCCCAUAUACAUGGUAUUAUUUUUAGACCUCAUCCAUACUAACAAACCAACUUCUGAGCGAUCUAACAGACGCUUGCAAAGCAUCGGACCAAGGAAAGCCUGGAACGGACGGAGCCUUCUGCAAGGGAAGAUGAGGGUGGACUAAGUCUAAAAGCCCUGGAGACAGACUCAGCUUCCUCUGCGUUCUCGGACACGUAUCACAGGCACUUCGUGGAUGUUUGUCGAACGGAACCGAAUUGAAUUCCUCCUGUAGGAUGCCGUGACCUUGCUGCUGCGAAGUAGCUUGAAGUCGUCCAGGGGGGGAGGGAAGGUGAGUUAAGCAGCUGCUGUGAGGAUCUGCUCAGUUCCAUUCAACAAGUUUCCUGAACGCCUAUUGUGUCCCCAGCUCGGUGGGAGAGCUCAGGGCCGUGGCUCCCUCGGGUGAAGCAUUCCGCUGGCCAGCCAGGGCGGUGCGGGAACACUCGCUCCGGGUCCGGCUGCUGGUAUCCGGUCCCCGCCGCCGGUCUAGUCCACUCCCCCUUUCCUGUCCCCAAUGGGAGGGGGCCUUGGACUGAGAAAGGAUCGCAGCCCCUCCCCAGCAGUCCCGCACCUGGCCUGGAGCUCCGGCCAUUGGCUGACUGGAAGGCCGGCACUGCAGCCAUUGGCUGUCGGCGCGAAGACAACAUGCGGCCGCGGCGGACCACAGCACAUCUGGUGGGGCUGAGGCCGGAGCCAGAGCAGGCGCUUGGCCGGGAAGCGGGUCAGUGGGCAGAAGGAAUGGCAGGCGCAGGACUGCGGGCGGCAGGGUGCCGCUGGUUACGGCUCCGAGGAGACGAUGUCCCCGGCUGGCAGCGAGCGGCGGCUGCUUCCUCUUGCCAGGGUUGCGGUCCCUCGAUCCCCAGCCCCUCCUGUGCAGGCUCCACCAGCCCCAGCGCCCACUGUCCAGGGGCCAACUGUCCCGGCGCCAGCGCCUCCUGCUUCUCCCCUGACGGGGUUGCCCCGCGCAGCGCCGGCCCAAGCCCCGCCGCCCAGUCUUCCGAGCCCAGCGCCUACCUGUGGUCUAGGUACCGGGAGAUGAGGAAGCUGGUGCACGACCUCCUUCCUCCUGAAGUCUGUAAUCUCCUUAACCCCAAUGCCAUCUAUGCCAACAACGAGAUCAGCCUGGGGGAGGUGGAGGUCUACGGCUUCGACUAUGACUACACCUUAGCUCAGUACUCUGAUCUGUUACACUCCAUGAUUUUCAACACUGCCAGAGAGAUCCUCAUCGAGCAAUACAAGUACCCAGGAGAGAUCAGAAAAUACGAUUACAUCCCAGACUUCGCCAUUCGAGGCCUACACUACGAUGUGCAAAAGAGUCUCCUGAUGAAGAUCGACGCUUUCCAUUACGUCCAAUUGGGAACAGCCUACAGGGGUCUCCGGCCCGUUCCUGAUGAAGAGGUGAUUGACUUGUACGGGGGAACCCAGCACAUCCCACUCUACCAGAUGAGUGACUUCUACGGCAAGGGCCCGUCUCUCAAGCAGUUCAUGGACAUCUUCUCCCUGCCCGAGAUGGCCCUCCUCUCCUCCGUGGUGGAGCACUUCCUGGCGCACAAGCUGGAGUUUGACCAGACCCACCUGUACAAGGACGUCUCGGACGCCAUCCGAGACGUCCACAUCAAGGGCCUCAUGUACCGGUGGAUCGAGGAGGACAUGGAGAAGUACAUCCUCCGGGGAGACGAGACCCACGCGGUCCUGACCCGCCUGGUCAGCCACGGCAAGAAGCUUUUCCUCAUCACCAACAGCCCCUUCAGCUUCGUGGACAAGGGGAUGAAGCAUAUGGUUGGCAAGGACUGGCGCGAUCUUUUUGAUGUCGUCAUUGUCCGAGCGGACAAGCCAAACUUUUUCACAGACAGACGCAAGCCUUUUAGAAAACUGGACGAAAGUGGCGUCCUGCAGUGGGACAAAAUCAGCCACCUGGAGAAGGGGAAGAUCUAUCGGCAGGGAAAUCUGUUUGACUUCCUCCAUCUGACAGGCUGGCGGGGGUCCCGAGUGCUGUAUUUUGGGGACCACCUUUAUAGUGACCUCGCAGACCUCAUGCUGCGCCAUGGAUGGAGGACGGGCGCCAUCAUUCCUGAACUGGAGAGGGAGAUCAGCAUCAUCAAUACGGAGCAGUACAUGCACUCCCUGACCUGGCAGCAGGCCCUCACGGGGCUCCUGGAGAGGAUGCAGACCUACAGAGACGAGGAGUCGAGGCAGGUGUUGGCGGCUUGGAUGAAAGAACGCCAAGAGAUCAGGGCCGUCACGAAGAAACUCUUCAACCCCCGAUUUGGAAGCAUCUUCCGCACCUUCCACAACCCCACGUACUUCUCGAGGAGGCUCGUGCGCUUCUCGGACCUGUACAUGGCCUCGCUGAGCUGCCUGCUGAACUACAGCGUCAACUUCACCUUCUACCCACGCCGCACGCCACUGCAGCACGAGGCCCCGCUCUGGAUGGACCAGCUGUGCACGGGCUGCAUGAAGACCCCCUUCCUGGAGGAGAUGGUGCACAUCCGGUGAGGGAGGGUGGGCGGGGAUGUGCCCCCCGCUGGGCUGGGGGCGUGACCGCCCUACCGCCCCCCCCCCAGCAGACGCUGUUACGUCAACCCUGAGGGGGCGAUGCCAGAGAAGGGGCUCUUCUGGCGGGUCUCCCAGGGUCCCUCCGCCCUGGGAAGAAGGAGGCUGAACGGAGCCUGACACAAGAACUUUAUUUUCUGAGUGACUCAAAGGCUUCUUCCCUGCCCCCUUCUGAGGUACACCGGCCACGGCUCCCAGGGAGGGUGGGGACCGGGACGGAGGGACACUCCGGAACGGCCCGAGAGGGACGCGGGCGCUUCCCCAGUGACGAGGGGAGCUGGUGCCGGUCGUGAGGUCUUCGCUCACUCUCUGGGUCUACGAGGACCCUCCCGGAAGACAAUAAACUUCACUUGGCCGGUGUCUGGUUGGCAGGGCA